AUGACAAAACCCACUCUAUCGCACUUUUUUGUUUGGAUGCGUUGAACCCAAUCCUUUUCCCUUAUCCUUAUCUCAGUCUUCGCUACAAAUUACCACCCAAAAUUUGUUCAGUUUAUUGACAGGAGAAAGUUUAAGUCUUUCUUGGAAUCAACCAAACUCAAAGAUGGUGGUGAAGAUUCGAUUGGCAAGGCUCGGCUGCAGGAACCACCCAUUCUAUCGCGUGGUUGUUACUGACAGCAAAACACCUAGAGAUGGCAAGCAACUUGAAGUUUUAGGCUUCUACAAUCCUAUCUCAGGCAAGGAUGAUGAAGAAAAUAUGCGUCUCAAACUGGAAAGAGUGAAGUAUUGGCUUUCUGUUGGAGCUAAGCCUACAGAGCCUGUGGAAUAUCUACUAUAUAGAGCAGGUUUAGGACGUCAGGGUGGACCAUUUGAGAAGUUCUCUUUUGCUGCUCUUAACCAAGAGCAACCAGCCAAUGUUGAUGACAGUAAAGACAACGGUACAUCUCCAGAAGCUAUAUUUUCUAUUGGCCUACAAGUCUGAAGAUAACACCUCCAUAGGUUUGGAGGAGGUGGGUGGUUCUGUGAACAUGUCAUUCAAAGCAAGGGCAAGACUUUGAUCAAUUGUUUGUACUGUUCAAUACCACCUAGAACAAUUUAUGAGUUAUCUUGCUGUUGAGAGACUGAUUUCAUUUGUUUUCUGGAACUUUUGUAUUGGAAAGACAUUAGCACGGUAGCAAAAGCAGUUCAUUUUAUUUUGGCUCGUUUAUGCAUGUAUGACAUUGUUGUCAACACUUGUGCAUUUGCAAUUCUUCUUGAUUCUGGGGAUUAAUUUUGAAAUAUUUUCCUGUUA